AUGCUCGACUCUAGGCUUGCCUAAUUCUCUGUUCUUUCAAGCGCCAUCCGGGAGGCUAUGCGACCAGCAGAAUAUUUGCCUCUAUUUGUCCCGGUUUCGUAUGCGACUCUGGCAAGGCAGCUCUGGUACUUGGGUAUAAAGGCGACCCGCUUCGCAGCAUGGACUCUACAGAAAUAUUCUUCGCUUCACGAUGUCGCGUAUUGCUACUGUAUUCGGGGCUACUGGCGUUACGGGCUCCUCCGUCGUGCACGCCUUACUGAAGGACGGCACCUUUAAGCCUCGUGCGGUGACGCGCAACGCCAACUCCGAGUCUGCGCGCAAGCUAGCGGAAUUGGGCUGCGAGAUCGCCGAGGCUGACCUGGGGGACAAGGAGGCCAUAAAGAAGGCGGUCCAGGGCGCUGAAUGCGUCUUCCUGGUCACCAUGCCCUUCACGCCACUCUCGGAGGUCGUGCAGGGAACUAACGUCGUCGACGCGAGCAAGGAGGCGGGCGUCAAGUUCUUCGUCUUUAGCACGCUUCCCAACAUGACCGGGCUUUCGGGCGGCAAGUACAGCGGUCCUCAUUGGGAUGACAAGGCAACAAUUCAGAAGUACCUUGAGGCUUCUGGCAUGGCAAACGCGUCCGUAGGCACCGGAGACUUCCUUGAAAACCUGCAUACGAAGAUGCCCUUCGGUCCCCUCGAAGGCAAAUUCCCGCUUGAGAAGACCGAGACCGGCUACAAGCUCCACACCUUCGCACAACUUCAUGCCACCUACGUGCACUCGUGGAUUACGCGCGAUAUGGGCCCGACGGUUGCUGCGUUGAUGAAGCAUUAUUCCAGCCACCCGGAGGAGAUCAUUGGGAAGACAUUCGUGGUGGCCGUCGAACGGUCGAGCGUCAAGGACUUUGCGGCGCAUCUGAGCAAGGGCCUCGGCCAACCAGUGGCGGUCGAUCCUGUAGGCAAAUUUGGGAUAGACGCUGUGGACAAUAUGUUUGCAUUUUGCACCGAGUUUGAGACGUAUCCCGGCAUCGAAGUGCCUGACCGCCGCCUCGAGAAGUUUGGUGUGCAGAUGGGCACGGUGGAGGAAUUUGCGCGCGACGUUCUUCUGUCUCAUUUCGCGUAGACAAGUCACUUAUUCGCUUAUGUAACACAUUCUGACUCG